GGUACAAGUGUCUGUCAAUAUGGGUCGCUGGUGGUCGCCCAAGUUGCAGGUUACAGGAUAUGUUUCGCUAAUGUGUGUUUAUAAUUGUGUUUAAAACAUUCUUUGGGAAAAUGACGGCGAUAUUGAGAAACUGUUGGAGACUAUCGCGAAAUUUGCCAAUUACUACGCCGAAAUGUUAUGCUUCUCCGUCAUCGGUAAGAUGUAACAGCACGACUUCCAGCGAGAAUCCUGAGAAAACCGAGAAAGCGGAGACUCGUCCUACGGUACGGAAACCCAGUCAUGUCGACGUUGACCGUCUGACACACUUUGGCCGUUAUAUUAACGACUGUCUACCCAAAUACAUACAACAAGUACAGCUGACCGCUGGCGACGAGCUGGAAUUGUUAAUCGCCCCUGAUGGCAUUAUUCCUACGUGUACCUUUUUAAAAGAUCAUCAUAACACACAGUUUGUUAGUCUGGCAGAUAUUACCGCUGUAGACGUGCCCAGUAGACAGUACAGAUUUGAGCUUGUCUACAAUCUACUAUCGUUGCGAUAUAAUUCACGUAUCAGAGUUAAAACUUACACCGACGAGUUGACGCCGGUUGACUCCAUCAACAGCAUAUUCAAAGCUGCUGAUUGGUAUGAGCGAGAGAUAUGGGAUAUGUUUGGUGUAUUCUUCUCGAAUCAUCCUGAUCUUCGUAGGAUUCUUACAGAUUAUGGCUUUGAAGGGCAUCCACUAAGGAAAGAUUUUCCACUCAGUGGAUAUGUUGAGGUUCGUUAUGACGACGAACACAAAAGAAUAGUGAUUGAACCAUUAGAAUUGACUCAGGAGUUUCGUAAAUUUGAACUAGCCGCGCCGUGGGAACAGUUUCCUAACUUCCGGGACGCUCCCUCAACUGCUGAACCUAUCUCAAAGGAAAAAUAAUUGCUCUCACUUAGAUCAUAGUCGUUGUCCAAGCAAGUAUAAAUAUUUCGAUAAAGUGUAAUAUACAUUAACAAGUAUUCUUUUCUCUUGUGAACCAUUUCUGAGUGCCCAAUUGAUUUGGGCAUUUAUUUGGGAAAUAUAGAGAAAAAUGUUA